CCAUGAACAAGUAACAGGUUACAGGUCUAUACUCUGAUAUAGUAGUUUCAUAAAAAAAAAUUCAAAAACCCACAAUCCUCCGCUCCUCCCUCUUCUUCUCUCUGGUUGCUUCUUUUCAACUUAACUUGGUGUUCUAUCAACAAAACAAAGCAACUAAUCAACUCUUGUAUUUCCAAAUGGAAACAAAGAAGUCAAUAACCCACAAACAUAAUGAUCUCUUCUCUUCUUUAAUAUCGGACAUCAAAUCUUACACUGGCAAUGACCCUCUUCUCCCUUGGCUCCGGGGGAUUAAGAAACUGAAGGAGUGUCUGCAUCCGGAUGCACUGAAACAAAAGCUGCCUCGUUUCUUGCAAAAAUGCACACAGAGUUUUGAGUCGGAUAGGCGUUACAGAAAUGACUUGCGCUACCUUCGUGUCUGGUUACAGCUGAUGGAUUAUGUGAAUGAUCCAAGAGCGCUGUUGAGCACCAUGGAAAUGAAUCGCAUAGGAACAAAGCGGUCGUUAUUCUACCAGGCAUAUGCUCUGUAUUAUGAGAAGAUGAAGAAAUUUGAAGACGCUGAGAACAUGUACCGUUUAGGGGUUCAGAACCUCGCUGAGCCUGUUGAUGAAUUGCAGAAAUCAUAUGAGCAGUUUCUUCAUCGCAUGGAGAGACACAAGAAAAAGGACAUCCAGCACCAGACAGGAAGGAGUGGUAAAAGACCUCAAUCUACCAGGAAGACGGAAGAGAACGAUGAGAAUGUAUACAGAAUUGAGGAUAGACCUAAAAAGAUACCGGAUGGGAGUUCUCAGCAUGUAAAGCCAAUGAAGGAAUCUAAUCAUGUUGGAUUUUCAGGAAAUUCAUGUGAAUUUGGCUUGGGUAGUGAUCUGUCCACGAAGAAGGAGCAUGUGAAAAAGAUUGGACAGAGAGAUGCAUCUAAGCAGCAAGAGGAUACAGGAGAGUCAGAUGAAUCCAAGAUGUGUCACAGAGAUGACACGGUCGUGGUAAAGUUUGUAGACACUGCAAUAGUUGGGAAGCAAGAAGCAGAAGAUGCCUGCCAUCAUGGACUCUUGGACCCUACAAUAAAUAUGAAGGAGGCCAUGAAUGCCAUCAAUAGCAUGUUUCGAGAGCCUUUAGAGAUUGCUCCAAUAAGUAGAUCACGCAGAAGUCGACCAAAAGAAGAGCAUAGUUUGAACAGUGAAUUUGAUGUCUUUAUUGAUGAAAAUUUGGACAAUGGAACCGAAUCAUUACAUCAAAAAAAAGAAAAGAGUAUUUCCCUGAAGGUGCAUGGUAGAGCUCAAAUCCCAUUGAUUCAUCAAGAACCAUUCCAAAUAUUCAUUGAUGAUGAAGAAAGCGGUGAAAAUGGUGACAGAACUCAGAAGAAUAAAUUAAAGGAGAGUAAGACUCGAAAUCUGGCAGAAGGUUCUCGGUCAUCUGCUUUACCUUUAAAUGCUUUUGUCUUCCCAAGUCCGAAGGAUCUUCCAACUGGAAGCUCUGAUUAUAUGGAUGAUGAGAGCUUGCCUCGAAUAAAGCAUAGAGAGGAUACAGUUGUUCACAGGUUUGUCGGGUCUACCAUCUUAGAUGCGGCGGCGGUGGAGAAUGUUUGCCACCACGGAUUAGUAGAUCCUACAGUCAAUUUGAAGGAGGCUAUGGAUGAUAUCAACAACAUGUUUGGGAAACCAAUGGAUUUUGUAAGAACCAAGAGACCAAAGCAGGAUAAAACACCAGUUAUGAAACAAGACAUUUGCGGAUUUUCAAUACUUCCUGAUGAUGAUCUGGAACAUCAACAAGGUCAGCCACCACCCAAGUCCUCCAGAGUAAGCAACUCUGAUUUGUUUGAGCCAACAGUUUUUACAAAAGCGGCCAUGGAUGACAUAAAUAAAAUGUUUGGAAUGCCAUUGGACUUUUAGGAGCAGUUAUUAUUAAUGGCACAUAAGAUUUCAAUCUGUAGCUUAUUUAAUGUGUUGUGAUUUACCACAACAUUUGGCUUGUGCUUGAAUUCGUUAAAAUUUGAUCUCUUUGAUCAUGCUUCAUAUCAAAAUCUUCUAA